AUGAAUCUUGACGCAAAAAGAAAAGAUCAUCUUGGUGGAUUCCCCUUUGUGAGUGGGUGGUUGAGGGAAAUCUUUGGUGGUGUGCGGAUUGUGAUGGGAUGCGCCCCAUCGCUUUCCGCCUCCAAUCCCUCAACAAAGGAUCCAAAACCUGAUAGAUUUGCUCCUCCACCACCAAUCCCUGUGACGAUUGGGAGUGGAGUUUUGAGGAGGCCAAUCAGCAAUCAAUGCAUCAUUUUUAUCUUUGGUGGCCCUGGUAGUCAAAAAGGUCUCGUAAUAGAAGAAUUGGUAACAAAAUUCGAUUUCGUUCUCAUCAACACAGAGGAUAUCGUGUUCACCUAUUUGCCGAAUAAAGUCUCGAAUACUGUGGAGAGUACACAUGAGAUACAGGAUAUGUUACGGAAAGAUGCGGGUGUUUUGUCCGUCGAUUGGGUUCUUUCAAUGGUUUCUGCACGUCUUUCCACAUCAAUGCAACAAAGAUUUAUUGUUGAUAUCGUCCCUUCACUCAACUCAUUUCUUAAAUCAGAAUCUUUCCUCCAAGGUGAUCACACUCGAUCAAUGGAAGAUUUUGAGAGAAGACAUCCAGCUAUGUUUGCGUUGGAAUUGAAUCUUUGCAAUGAAGAAGCAAUCCUUCAAAAUACUGUCGAUCAAGGACAAGAAAAAGAAAACGGGAAAAAGCAGCUCUCAGCUGAAUUGAAUGCUUUCUUGAAAGGAAUUGAUGAAGCGGAUAAAGGAAGAUUGGAGCGACGAAUGGAUUUGUAUCACAAAUGCUCGAGAGGCUUUCUUCAAUAUUUCAAUUUCACCAAGAGAAUUGUCAGAUUGGAUCUGUAUGGAAUGUGCAUUCCAAACGCUGUCUCAACAGUGUCCACAAUGCUCACCGAUUUCGGGUUCUCUUCAUCAAGAGACGAGCAAAGAGUCAUUCUUUUCUCAACAGGUUCAGAUGAUCGUUUUGAAGAUAUCGAUCUCGAUUUCUACAAGAUGAGAAAAGUCACUCUCAGUCAUAUCUGCAAGGAGAGACACGCCACAUUGGAAACUCAAAUGGCAGCCGUUGCUCGUUAUGUCGCUAGGCAUCCCGAAGAUGAUCAUUAUGCCCUUGUGCUAGAUAGCAUUGCAAGAAAUGAGAGCAAAGUGAAGAGAUCGAAAGUGAUCAACUUUAUGGAAAGAAAAGUCGCUCAUUUGGAUGAUUUCAUCAAGGAGAGAAAGAAUCGCACACCGUUUGUUAGAGUUCCCGUCUCAUUGAAUGCAAUCACUGCCCCUCGAGAUGUCGUCUUUCUCUUUCUUGAGCCUUUCCCAGUCAAAUUGGCUUCAACAAUUUCUUCACUUUUGUGUUCAACGAAUAAAUCCCCAUCGAAUUCAAAUGUAAACGGGCAACUUCGUGUCGAGAAUCGAGUGCCACCAACUCCAUUAUUUGUCCCUCAACUAGUGGUAGAAGUGAUUGAUCAUGAUGAUUUGGGAAUGCUUCCCCAUUCAGCUUCUUCUUCUUAUUCUCAUCAAUCUACGAGUCAUCCAACCAGAAGUCGAAGUCUCGAAUCAUCACUUCCGGGUCAAUUCAGAUCGGUUUCUGGGAGACAUGCAAGAAGACAUCGAUCACACUCACACAUUCCACCAUUCACCGUUGAGAACUUACAAACCCCAAAACCAAUCGGGAAUGGUGUCUUCAAUUUCACUCCACAAUCUCCAUCACUUUCCGUUCAAUCUCCAUCUCAAGCCAGCUUCUCGAAUCGAUCAAAACACUCUCAUGGCCAUCAUUUAUCCGUUCAU